AUGGCGGAGCAGCCAGCUCCAAAUCCCACAGCAAAAGUUUCUACGCCGACAACAAGUUCAGAACAGUCCAGUCGAGGAACCCGUCAGGACCUCCAACUGGCAUCAGCCAGUCGAGUCAAAUCGCAACUGCCCUCCGAACGCUCAAGUCCAAAGCAUGCCACAAAGGAAGCAUCUGGCCAAAGUGCCACCCCCGCCUGCGCGGCAGCCAUGACCCAGGCAAUUCCUCUUCAGACACUCCCUCCCCGAGAGGUAAGGAAAGAGGCCUUGAAUCCUCGACUGAUUGCUAAAGCCCCGGCCGAUCAUGGUUCCCGAACCACUGUCUUGGAAAAGCUUCAUGGUGCUAUAGUUAAACUCAACAGCAAACUGGCUAGCUCUAAAGACAGCUCUAAUGAGUGUUUCAUUCUUACUCCGGACGAGCUAAUAAUCAUGGCCCUGGACGAGGAAGAAAAAGUUGCGAAGGAAAGCCAAGCUGUUUACUCCAAUGUAAUCAGACAACGAAUUUUCAGGUUCAUGAAGAUGAGCUCGGAAGACUGGGUCAAUGCAGUUAAGGACCAUCUAAAUGAUCGUUACUACAAGACCCCUAUUCAGACUGUCGAAACGACCCAGGCCCCCGAGCCCACCGAAGCUAGACUCUCCGUCAGAGAAGAGAUAUUUCUCGUCACUUAUCUUACAACUCCGCUGGAGGGCCUCGAAGACCUUGACUAUGUGACCAAAGUUCCCUCGCAGGCCGACAUAGAACUAGCCGAACAAGCCGCAGCCAACAGCCAGGGCUGGGAAAAAUGUGAUCGGUGCAGUUCAAGGUUCGAGGUCUUCCCUGGCCGUCGUGACGACGGGAAAUUGACAAGUGGGGGCGAAUGUAUCUAUCAUCCAAACCGACUCUACAAACCCCGGAGAAAGAAGACCGACAUAGCUACCGGUUCAUCGGAGCCAUAUUACCCUUGCUGUAGCGAAGGGAUUGCUACUUCAUCUGGUUGUACGAAAGCUGAGACACACGUGUUCAAAUUUCGAGAUGCCAAGCGGUUAGCAAUGAUUCAGCAAUUCGAGAGAACACCCGCUCGGCCAGAGAAAGGCCCGAUGGACCCUGUUUCCUUGGACUGCGAGAUGGGGUAUACAACGAUGGGCCUGGAGCUUAUCCGCCUCACUGCUCUCAGUUGGCCAGAAGGCCGUGAAUUACUUGAUAUCCUCGUCAGACCAAUGGGGGAGAUACUGGAUUUCAACACGCGUUUCUCGGGCAUCUGCUCUAAACAAUAUGCCUCGGCCGUGCCCUACGGUACCCAAACCCCUGAUCCCACAUCGUCUUCGUCGAACAAGCCCAUGCAAUUAGUGGAAUCGCCCGCUGCCGCGCGAGAAUUACUCUUCGGCCUGCUGCAGCCAGAGACGCCCUUGAUCGGACAUGCCAUCGAAAAUGACCUCAAUGCUUGCAGAGUGAUCCACCCCACUGUUAUCGACACAGUUCUACUCUACCCAGCUCAAGGCGGUCUCCCAUACCGCAUUUCUCUGAAAACCCUUUCUCUCAACCAUCUUGAACGUGAAAUUCAAAGCGGAGACAACGGGCAUGACUCUCGAGAAGAUGCGCUUGCAACUGGCGAUCUGGUUCGGAUCAGAGCGCGGGAAUGCUGGAAAGUCCUGAAAGACAAGGGAUGGACCUUCAAAGACGACGUACUGGUCCCCCCUCCUGGGGCAGAAUUGCAGGACGUACGUCAGGUGGCAAAGAGCCUUCAGAAACCACCGGGACUGAAAAGGAACAACCCGGAUUCCUGA